AUGGAGCAGACCAAAGCUCUGAACGCCCUGGAACCCUUCAUCGCCCUCACGAAAUCGGCAUCUUCACCCCGCGCCGCGGCAGACCUCAUCACACGAGCUACCUCCGCACCUAAUACCUUCGUCUUCGCCGAGCUACUCUCCGCCCCUCAAAUCCAAGCUCUCUCCUCCUCGGAAGAAUACAGCUCCCACCUCACGCUCCUCAAGAUCUUCAGCUAUGGGACCUACGCCGACUACAAGUCCACCGGCUCCCUGCCCGAGCUCAACGAAGCACAAACGCUCAAGCUGCGCCAACUCUCCUUCCUCUCCCUAGCCAAGAAGCCCGCCGACUUAACAUACGCGAACCUCCUGAAAGCCCUUGGUCUGGAGACUCCUAGAGAGCUUGAAGACCUUGUGAUUGCGGCAAUUUAUGGCGGAUUGGUAAACGCAACUUUGGAUCCAUAUAACCAGCUUGUCGCCGUCUCCUCUGUCUCUCCGCUGCGAGAUCUCCAGCCAAACUCCAUCCCCGCUAUGCUCAGCACACUGAACGAAUGGUCCACCCGUUGUGUCUCCACCCUCGCGGAUUUAGAAAAGCAGAUUACGAAAAUCAAGGCAGAGGCGCUGAAGCGACAUAAAGAGGAGACGGAGUGGGCAGCACACGUCGAGAAGCUGAUGGAGGGUAAGGAUAAGGAUAAGGAGGAGAAGGGUGGCAGCGUAUUUAGCGGGAUGGGUAGGAAGUUGGGAGGUGGGGCUGCGUCGAAGAGGGGUAUGGAUGGUGAGGAUGAGGAUAAUAUGGAGUUGGAUGAUGAGGAUGUUGACGAUGAGCGGCAGACGAGAUCCGCGAAGAAGAACAAGGCGCUCAAGAACUUGGCGGGAUCGUUUGGGAGCUUCGGAAAAUAG